AUGAAGAUUAACGUUAAAAUAUUGAGAGGAGCAGAAUGUACAUUAGAUGUUCAGCCUGAUCUUCGUGUUUUGGAAUUUAAAAAAAUGGUCGAAACCAAUCUUAAAAUACCAGUUACUGAUCAAAAGUUAUUACUAAAAGGAAAACUAUUGUUAGAUUGUAAGAAGCUUAAUGAUUAUGAUAUUAAAGAAGACAGUAAAUUAAAUUUGGUUGUAUUAGAUAAUAAGGAAUCUGCUCCGAAUACUUCGAAAGGCCCAAGAAAAGAUAUAUUAGAAAUUGAAAUGACUAAAUUCUUAAGGAAAUAUUUUAACGAAUCAGAAGUUAAAAAGAUUGUAAAGGAAUAUAUGAAAGAAUUUUAUCGUAAGACUAGUUCUUGUAAUCUAGAAGACUGGGAAAGAAUAGCUACUGGUUAUUUAAAUGAUGAAUGA